AUGUGUGCAUGUUCGUGUGUGUGUGGAGGACGACAACAAACCGAAAACGACGUGUGCGAGCACCGCGCGCGGCGCUGUAUAGGGGGAAGGGGGACGACGACGGCGUUGUGCUAGCGCAAUAAAACGGACGUGCGACGGGUCCCGGGUCAAUACAUAACCGGUGCCCGUGUCGACCGUGUCGAACCCACCGCCGAGAACUUGUUCGACUUCCUUUGACUCUGCCAAAGCAAAACGCACAAUAUGAUCGCCGCCGAAGUUUUAAAAAUCGCCGGUUGUCUUGUGUGCGUCAUCGCAGGGAUCGCAUCGGCCGCGCCAGCCGCCGUCAAGCUCCGUGAGUAUAUCAUAAUAUUAAGUAAUGUAUAUCAUAUCAAUAUAAUACCGAAAACAUUUACGAACAAUUACACUUUUUAGCGGUUUGCGUGUUUGCGCGGUGGAGCGAGGGGAAGGGGGAGGGGCUCACGUUUUGUUUCGAAAGUAAAAACAUGAUACAAAAAACAAAAUAAAAUACGCCGGCUCAUAAGCACCCCGUCGGCUAUAUUCGCGACCGUUUAAAACCACCGAAAAAUCCGUAUACUCCGCGGUGUUUUUAUCGCGAGUCGUGUACGUACGCGCGUAAACAACACGUGAAUAUACGAGUGUGUAUACAGGGCGGUGUACCUGCGACAUUCGAAAAUGUCCUAAACGCGACAUUACGUAAUGACAUUAUUAUCCACAGGGAAUUGUCAACGAAUCCUGCGGAUACACCCUGUAUAUAUUACACGGUGAAUGAAGUACGUUAUUGGUAUAAUAAUAAUAAUAUAAUAUACCUGUAGUAAUAAUAAUAUUACAUUAUUACAACGCGCAAUAUUAGGAGGAAUGGUCGAUUAAGUAAUAUUAUAUAAUUACGAAAUGUAUUUCGAGAGGGCUACACACACACACACAUACACGCAUACAUACACAUAUACAUGCACACGUGUUUCAAGACAGCUUAAAAUUUUUAUUUUUUUUUUUCCAAGCUAUAAAAUUUAAAGCAUCGGAUGAAAUCAUAAUAUUAAUAAUAAUAAUAUUAACAUCGCCGGCUAUCAUUCCGCGAGACGCCGAACAGGGUUCUCUACGGCGCGCACACACACACACACACAAACACGUGCGCACAUACACACAUACACACGUGUAUUAUUGCGCCACGAAAACAAGCUCGUGAACCACUAUUAUCGGGCGCGUGUGUAAAAAUGGUAAUAGUUUUUUUGUUAUGAAAUUCGUUUCCAAACGAUUUUAUGCGAGAUUUAAAUUUUUUAGUAAGUACAUUGGUAUUAUAAUAAACUAUAAUCAAUUUCCCUGAAAAAAAACUCAUUGAAAAACCAAAAAUAAUAUGAUUCAUUUAAAAAAAUACAAAAAAACGUUUUUAUGCGUUUUAAACGUUCCCUCCCUUCGUAAUUACAUAUCAUUCUUUAUUCGGUGAGUUCAAUAUACGGGAAGAUAUAAUAUAAUAUCUUUGGUCCCAGGAAAGAAGGACUCAAGUCAAUUUUUCUUUUCGUAUAUUAAUUUGUCACGUGUAAUUUUUAGACUUUAUUUUUUGGUCUUCAUUUACUGGUCUGAGUAUUAUGUAUAUUCUAACAUAUUAUGUUACAUUGAAAUUUAAAAUAUUUUAAAUCACUUUUUGUUUGAUCAAAAACCGCAUUAGUCAUAUUUUUAAUGUAUAGCAAUUUAGUCGUUUAACAAUUAUGUUACUAUUAUCAAGCAAUUAAAGAGCUUAAUAUAACAACAGAGCAAAUCCAAAAUGACUUUUUGAUAGAUUCGAAUGAAGUAAUAAAUGCUACAUAAUUUGAUGCAUUGAUAAGGAAGUACAUCUUCUAGAUACGGAGAAAAGAGUGAUAAGGACUUGUCUGAUUCGAUCAAAUUCUGAGUUAAGACAAAACAGGGUCCAUGUAUAGGUGAUCUUUUUUUCUCCUGAACAAUUUCGAAAAGUGGACUUGUCUUGUUGUAGCAGUGAGCCUGUCAAGUCAGUUAUUCCCAACAUUUUAAUCGCUUUUAUUCAAAACUCUACAAAAUUUACUUACGUCCUUUUUAUCUGAAACCAAAGAUUUAAUUAAAAUAAUGAUAAGUAUUUUUCGUAAUAUUAUUAUAAAUCCCUGAUCCCUCCAUGACAUGACCGUUGAGGAACUGUGCGUAAGCAAUUUCGUAAGCAAUAUAAAUAAUAUUAUGAUAAAUCGAAAUUGAAUGAUAUUUUGAUAAUAAUACGGCUGAAGCGAUCGAAUGCACGGUAUAUGUAUUUAGAUAGUUUGCGAGAGUUUAACGCCCGGUCGCAAAAUCGUCCGAAAACUCGAUCGUGGAUUACUUUGUAAUAAUAAUAUAUUAUUGUGAUUAUAGCUCAUUCUCGCAGAGAAAUAUCUAAUUUGUUUUUUUUUUUUUUUUAUGAGAUUCUUUAAUCAAAGAUUCGUUCUUCAUUGAAAUUAUCAUUCCCCCUCCCCAAAAACGAAUUAUACAAACAAUGCGGUUUAAUUCCCCUUCCGUAUCUGCGGAAGAGUUUUUUUUUUUCUUUAAUCCGACAAUUGAAUUAUGAAUUAUGUCAUUUUAACGGACCCUCUAAACCGUAUAUUAUAUCGACUGUGCCGGUUUUUUUUCUUCCCGAUUUAUUAUUUAAAAAAAAAAAACAUUUUCAGUUACCGAAAUUAGACGAUAUAUUCCGCUCAGACCUACCCUGCUAUUAUUGUAUUAAAAAUUAUUUUAUAACGCACCAUUUCUUAUACAAGAAUAACACCUAAUUAUUUUUAUUACUAUUAUUGAAAAAUUAUAAUAAAACCAAGCGCAAAUCCGAUUAUAUCGAGUCAAGUCCUCCGGUACGUCCUGACCAUAUUUUGAGAUAGCCGCGCGUUAUUACAUUUGUAUAUAUCGACACGAUAUUACUUUCGAUACACUACUCUACAUUUGGCGCACACUGCACACUGCACAUAAUAUAGCUGUUCAAGGCCAGAUAAAAUAACUAAUAAUUAUAAUGGAAUUUUUUUUUUACACAAAAAUUUACAAUAUCGUACAUGUUUGUGUACGGUUCGAAGACAACGCAUCGAAUUGUUAUAUUUAUUAUUUUAAUGUCUGCAGUAAGAAAUUAUAUCUGCGGUAGUGGUAUUAUUUUUUAUCUUAAAAUAAUUAAUACUAAGAUACCUGCCUACACAAAUGCGCCAGACAAUUAAAAUUAUCGUUUAGUCGGUUAACUGCAGCGAUAUUAUUCUGCUAUUUGUAUGAUUUACUACAUACCGACAUAAUAUUAUAUUCGAUGUGUACUGCAUAAUGUUAUGCAUACCUACUGAAAUGUAUAGGUAGUAUUGCAUAUCACACAAUUCAAAUCAAAGUUUAAUGGUAGAUACUUACAAUAUUAUUAUUGAUAACAUUCAAAUCACACGACACAAAUAUCGAUAUUUCCGCAAAUUUAGAUUUUUAUAACGCCUAUUGGUGUAACGAGUAAAUAAUAAUAUUAUUGUAAUAUGACAAUAUUAAACCAUACAUUUUCGGUUCUCUUGACCUACAUAUUUUAUAUAUGCGAUGACGUUUAGCCCCUUUAAUUGUUGUAUGAAAAAAACAUCGCAUCAAGGUUUCCGGGUCAAAGUCUUAGCGACCGACCGUACGUAUAGCUAGUAUACUAGCAUAAUAUAUAAUAAUAAUAUUAUAGAAAAACGAUCGGAUCAAUAUUCGCUUAAAAUACAAAUACGUUAUUAUAUAACCGUUUAAGAUUAUAAAUCGUCGGAAAAAAAAAACUCGUAGACUAAAAUAAUAACGCACAACAAGCUGGUAGUAUUAGUAGUUGCAGGUGAAAUUAUAAUAUUUUUUUUUUUUUUAAAUAACAUUGAACAAUAUUUUUUAUAGUAUAAUAUCGAAUUAAAGUGGGUUUUUUUUUUUUUUUUUAAUAAGAAAAAAAACAUUAACGUUCUACGAAACAUUAUAAUAUACAUAACGCACGAAAACGCAUCAGUUUUAUAGAACACCAAGGUCCACGGACGGUUCAACGGAUGGAGGAGGAUGGAAAAGAUAUACCCUCCCCCACGACCUUUUCCACUAUAUUUAUAAAAAUACACACUAUAAUCUAUUUAUUUAUACAAAUAAUAAUAAUGACGUAAAUAAUACAUAAUUUUAAAAAAUCACCCUUAUAACGAUACCAUAUGACCGCCGAAUGCCGAUGCGCUUACAAUAAUUAUGAAAUGAUUCAGAAAAUCGAAUAGUGUUGAUUCGGUUGAAUUCAGAAAAUGAUUCAGUUAUCAAAAAUUCGAUUCGUGUGUCUGCAAAUAAUUUUAAAAAAACAGUUUAAUUUUGUAUUUUUGGUAAUGGUAUUUAUUUAAGAUUCCCAGCGUAGCGAGGGAGCUAUUGGUUUUACAAUGCUGUUAAUUUCUUUUUCUUUUUUGUUCUAGUCUGUGAACACGUUUUUUCCUAGUAAACUUGCUCCGAUUUUUACAUGUAGCAUUUUUUCUGAAAGCUCAAAUUGUCUGAAUUGUACUUUAAAGAAGUUUUUUUUGAUUUUUGUCGCCAUUUUUAAAUAAAAGUACUUAAGUGGGAAAAAUGUAGGAAAACCUACAAUUUCCUAAUUUUAAUAAUUUAUAAAAACACGGAAGACGUUUUCUACCAGAAAAAAAUGAUUUGAUCGAAAAAUCACAGGAUACCUCUUUAGUUGCCUUUUUGAUUUAAUUUUUUACGCUGGUAAAACUUACAAAAUCAUCGGACGACUUUUUUUUUUAAUAAACAUUUUGAAAUCAAAUUUAAACGAUAAUCACAGAAAAAAAAUUACGGCAUUUCAAAUUAUGUAUUACCGAACUGCACUCGGAAUCGUCUUUCGUCAGCAAUGGUUUAUUGUUAAUUACAGAUAUAAAUGAAAUAACCUUAUGCAUCCUACCUUCCCAACUUCUCAUCUAUAACAUUGGCCGCUCCCAUCCUCAGUAUCAGCUCAUUUUAUGCAUAUUUUGUAUACAUUAUUAGAAUUGUCAAUGUAAAAUGUGAUAGAUAUAAGUAAUUCUAAAAAAUCUCAAAAAAUAUGGUUUUAUAAGAUAUCUUCAUCCGUAUCAAUAUUUGUCAAUCUAUUAUUUAUAAAAUUAAUUUUUUAUUUUCUUUCUUAGUUUCUCUUGGACAAUGAAUUGAAGCUCCAUUUGGUUCGUGUAAGAGAUAAAGUAAAACUUAUUUUUUACAUUUUUCGUUUGUUUUCCGUUUUUGGAUAAUUUUUUAAAGGCAUUAUUGAGGUCAAACAUCAUUUAUGUCUAUUAUUUUAAGCAUUUUUCUAUUGUUUUUAAUGCAUUUGAAUACGGGUCAUAUAGUUAUAAUAAUGUAUUUAAUUUUUGUUUUAGCAAAAGGUUUUGUGCAGUGCAAAAAAAACGAUCCAGAGUUAGCGGAAUGUAUGAAGAGUUCUCUGCACAGCGCCAUUCCACAUUUGAUAAAAGGUAAAAAUAUAUACCCAUCUAUAAUACUAUUAUUUUGUCACCGCAUGUUAAAAUAUUGAACGAACAAUCAAGCGAUUGCUUGAUAACACGGAAAAAUCGUAUGUUAAACGUCAAUAAAAAUCGCUUUCACAAUAAUUAUUACAAUAUACUUCAAAUUAUGACGUUCAAAAGUUGUCGUUCAAAAGUUGACUUGUUCGAAACGUAGAUUUUUGCGGAAUUAUGUAGAUUUGAUUUGUUAUGAUAUUUUUAUUUUACUAUAUAGGUAUACCGAGUCUUGGGAUGUACUCAAUCGAUCCAUUACGCAUAUCGACGUUACUUAUAGACCAAGGUAACGGGCCCGUUAGCAUCAAGCUCAAUUUUAGAGAUUUGGACAUAUUAAACAUCGGAACGGUGAAAAUUCAAAAUCUCUAGUAAGCAUAAUAUUAUACUAUUGAUUGUACGUAAAAUAAUAUAAUAUUGUCCGCGUGUUUGUUGUAGUGCCGAUCUGAACAAUUAUAACAUCACAGUGGACGUGGACUUUGACAAGCCGAUUAUUCUGGACGGAAAUUACGAUAUUAAAGGGAAAGUAAUCAUUUUACCGAUCACAGGUGACGGAAAAAGCAGAAUCACUCUUGGUAUGUUAACUAUAUUAUAAUAAACCGCUGAAAUAAUAACGUAACAUUUUCUAACUUUGCUACAUUAUGCUAUGCAGAAAAUCUAAAAGCCAAAAUAAACGUAUACUUGAAACCUACUAUGAAAAACGGUGUCACUUACGUGGAUGUUGUCGAUCUCAAAUUGAAGUUUACUACCACCCGAAUGCGUUUGAAGCUGGACAACUUGUUCAAGGGAGACAAAGCUCUAGGUGAGUAAAGGGUCUCAAUAAAAAAAAUAAAUAAUUUUUAAAUGCUAAGUUAUAAACUCAUGUACACCUAUUGUACUAUAACUUUGUUAAUUUUGAUUUGAACAAAAUCAGAGCAUUUUUACUGACAACAAAAGUGUUUUUCGUUGAAAAGAAAAAAAUAACACAUUUUUAUGUAACUAAUAUAGUCAUUAUAUUUAAAAAAUAUAGAUAAAUAAUAACAUUGUAUCGACCGAAAUAAACUCAUUUUUGUUAGAAAAAUACUAAAAUAAAUCUUCGGACCUUGGCAGGAUGAAAAAAUGAGAGAAUGGAGAUUCUGAAAAUAAUAAAAAAAACACAACUAGUAAGAUUUGAAUGGUCAUGUAUUAUAAAAGAAAAAUUGUGUUGAUUAUGAUUAAGAGAGAAGCGGAUACAAAAGUCAUAAACAUCAUAUUUAUAAUUAUUAUUAUAAGUAGAGUGCGAAUUUUGAAGGCAAUGAUUUUUUUUUCUAUUGCUCUAAAACGAAGCUAUGUCAGCUACAAAUUCGAUUUAUACUACUUAGAAUAAAAUGCACGACAUUUUGUUUUGCUUUUUUGCGUUUUUUUUAUAUAUUAAUGCGUUUUUGGGGGGAUAUUUUAGGUAAUUUUUUUGCUUUUAAGUUACAUUUUUUUCAAAAUACGUUCUAAAUAAAUGAAUUUAAAAUGUUAAUAUUUAUUUUUAUAUUAUGUAAUAUGUUCCAAGGUCAAGGAUGGCUCAAUCGAUUUUAUCUCGUUAUGUUUGAUUUAUGGAUAUAUUUAUCGAUGUAAUUUAGAUAAUGAGAUUAACGUACCUUAUGGUAUAUAGUAGAUUAAUUUAUCUUUAAACGACAAUAAACACAAAAGUAUGACCUAUUUUUUUUAAAAAAAACUCAUUUUUAAGGCUUUUUUUAAGCUUUUUGGGAAGAUUUAUACAUAUUUUUGCUUUUUUUCGUGCUUUUCUUUAGUUUUUUACUGUCUUAAAAUUCGUACUCUAAUUAUUAGUGUAUGUAUAUUAAUAAAUACAAACAUGAACUUUUUUUUUCAUUUAGUCAUUUUUAUAAAUUAUAAGUAUAUAUUAUUGUGAUGACUUUAUGAGCAACAUAGACGAUAUAGCCACAGAGCUGGAUUUAAAAAGAGGGAGCAAGGGGCCUAAACUCAGAGGCUCCCAUAAUUGAGGGGCCCCCACAAAAUAAGAAUUUUCAUUAUUUAGUAUGAAGUUUCUUCAAAAUUUAAAUACUAGUAUAUUUUAAUUUUAACUUUUUUUAAUUUAAACAUACCUCUAUUUACUAGGGCCUCUAUUUGAUAUAAGCUCUGGAAUCUCCACAUCCCUAAAUCCGAUCCUAGGUAUUUAAUAAUAUUAUUACCUAAUAAUUUUUUUUUUUUUUUUAUAUUUAUACAGGAAAUAAUAUGAAUACCUUCCUAAAUGACAAUUGGAGUGAAAUAUUAGGCGAAUUGCAAUCGAGUUUCGAAAAUGCCUUGGCCGCCGCAUUCACUAGUGUUACGCAACAAUUCUUCAGUAAAGUACCUUAUAACCAAGUGUUUGUAUAGAUUUAGUGUUUACCUUUUUUUAUCAAAACGCACGCAUUCAACUCAUUAAUUUAUUUAUAUUAUAUAUUGUUUUUUUUUUCAUUUGUAUUUCCUGACUAUUGCUAUUGUUAUAAUAUUGUAUAUACUAUAUAAAUAUACAUUUUUUUAAAAAAAA